AGGACUGAUAUGGUGGAGUGGGAGAGUAGAAAGUAGGAUGAUUAGGUAGGCUACAGGCCAGGCAGACAAGCGAUAAGACAAGUACUUACUGAAAGUCCGGAAAUAAAAAUGUCUAAGAACAGCGGUGGUAGAGGACGAGGAUGGUUGAAUCUGAAUAAAAAUAAUUCCUCCUCGAGCAACAUGUCAAACCCGGUAGUUCCUGUUGGAAACCUAUCUAAUCACGUUAUUCAAUCCACGAAUGAUGAAAAUCUGUUUGUGGAUGCUCAAGAAUACAAUGACCUCGUCAACAUUGUGAAGAAAUUGAAUAUCGAUGAUGAUGGUAUAAAAUUCAACCAGAAAAUAAGACACCUACUAGAGCAGUGGAAAGCAGUUUGCCUCACCAGCGACGACGUGGAGAAAAGUUUUGAAUCUAUUUACCAAAAUUGCUUGAGGGAUGAAGAUCUGGCCUCCAAAUUAGUUUACAUGAUAUCAUCGAGAUCAUUUCUAUCUCAAGAAGUUCAGAAUAAAAAUAUUCGGUUACUUUUUCUAGCAAAACUACAACAAUAUGUUGAUGGCACUGACAUUCUACAUAAAAAAACAAAUUCAGUAGGUUUUCGAAAUUGCGUACGGAUGUUAGGAGAUUUCUAUAACAAAGGUCGGAUGGCAAAUGGUGAUCCUUUCCCAUUCUUAGUAGCUCCAUUGGUGGAAAAUCUCCAAUUGCUUCUGGAAAGUGGUCAACCCCAAGACUUACAACUAUUAACAACACAGCUUUUCAUGAAUGGUACUUCCAUAAAAAAGGAAUGCUUGGAACAAUACAAUAAGCUUAUGAAUGACAUAAGACUUAUGCUCAUUUCAAACAAUGAAUUAACAAAAGAGAGUAAGAUAUGGUUGCUGCUGUGUUUAGAUGGUUCCAGUAACAGGUUUGGACUAUAA